AUGGGACUUGAAAACACUUCCCUCUUUGUCUUCUUUCGAGGAGUUAUAAUACUCUGCGCAGUUUUCCACGCAGGAGUAGAAUCGUCUGCCCUUUCUCGAUCAACAUAUUUCACAACGUUGACAAAUAGGCGGCUUAAAGGUUUUGUCGUGAAACGGUUUAAGUCGACCAGUCAAAUUUGGUGUAGUCAGUCUUGUUUGAAAAACGCCUGGUGUACUUCAACAAACUUCAAACUUACUCCUCAAACUUCCAAGUCUGAUGGCAAAGGAACUUGUGAACUAAACAAGCACGACGCUAUCAAAGAAAACGCACAUUUACAGUUCGAGGCGGAAGUCAUUUUCUCAACACUUAUUAAGGAUUGCCGACUAGCAGCCAGCACCUGUUUAAAUGGUGGUGUGUGUUUUUAUGACGAGAAAAAGCAAACUUAUUCAUGCCAAUGCAAGCCCCCUUGGACCGGAGAAACUUGUGCUGAUCUGUUUACCUGUGACAGCCAUCCCUGCAAAAACAAUGGAACUUGCACAGACGAAGUCAACGAAUAUAACUGCAGCUGUGCACCAGGAUUUUACGGGACACAGUGUGAAAAGAUUGAAGGCCUGUCUUGCUCAUCAGCUUACCGAAUGGUCUUUGGACAGCCUAGCAUAAAGAGUUACACCAGCAUAACAAACGCCAUCUCGUCUAGUCUCUCGGAAUUUACCAUGUGCCUUUUUGUCAAAAUGAAGGAUACAAAUUUGAGUGGUGGCCAGUGCCUCUACAGUUAUGCGACUACUGGAGCACCUAGUGGGAAUGCCUUCUACGUUUGUCUGUUUCAACCAGGAAUUAUUAUAUCUAUAGACUCGUCAUAUGAUACGGACACCAGAGUCAAAAUUAUUGAUACCAUGUGGCAUCACAUUUGUGUUACCUGGAAAAACACCAAAGGCUACUGGCAGUUUUAUAUGGAUGGACAACUUCAAAGCAAUGGAACAGACCUGAAGAAAAAUCAUCAGAUACCAGACAGCGGAACAGUUGUCAUUGGACAAGAUCAAGAUAAAGUCGGAAGGAAAUUUGAUACCAAACAGAGCUUUGGUCCGGGUGAGGUAACAGAAGUCAAUCUUUGGAGCAGAGUCCUUUCAGCGGAUGAAAUUGCAACUCAGAAGGCAAACUGUGACAUCGCACAAGCAGGCCUUGUUCUCUGGUGGGGACAAUUUAAAGGAACCUCUACUGGUGUGAAAAUAGUCGAGCCUUAAAAGUGAUAGGAUUUUCAACACCAGCAUCUUGUUUACGACGAACUGUUUAUCAUAGAAAGAGAUCCCGGCUUCCUCGAACAAGGAACACCUAAACACUGAUCAAUAUUUACAUACAUGUUAAAUAGCUUUGACCACUCGUAUUGUGGAGUCCAACAAUUGUUAUUACACAGAUGACAGCCCUUUUACCCAGUUCAGUAGAGUGUUUGAUAGAUAGCACCCUUCAAUUUAUGAUUUGAUAGCCUUGAAGGUUGCUCUUUAGUCGCUCGUUACUAUUGAUGAAACGCCAAAGUUCAGGACUGAAGUAGCGAGUAUCAUUCAGUUAUUAGUCACGAAAACGUUUAAGCUAAGUUUGCACGGAUAUCAUGAUCUUAAUCACCGAAACAAGAUCUCUGAACCACAAGACACAAGUUGUGUCCCUUUCUCAUUGAUUUCGUUGCACGAGGCAAUCGAAGGCGGCGAAACAUUUCUGCCUUAGGUGAAAUCUUGGAUAGUUGCAUGCCCCCCUCCAGAGUUAUAUUGCGCCAGAGUAUUUUCCCUUAACUUAACCUUUAAAGAAAAGCUCAAAACCCAGCCUUAAAUUUUGUUGGAGGAAACGAAAAAGUGGAGGGUAAAUGAACUGAGCGAAACAUGCAUAUAUUAAGUAGAAUUCAUAUUGUGUAAUA